AUGUCUAUUGAUCAGAAAGAACCUUCCAAGGAGAACACUCCUGAUGAUUCAAAGGCUUCGAGUCCCGAUCAAGAGCAUAGUCCUGAUGCAAUCCAAGAAACCCAGCCGGCCAAGCGCAAAGGCGGGCGCAAACCUAUAUAUGCAACCUCGGAAGAGAGAAAGCAAAGGAACCGUCAAGCCCAGGCUGCCUUCCGUGAGCGAAGGACAGAGUACAUCAAGCAAUUAGAAGAAACCAUCAGGGUUCAUGAGUCUAACUUGUCGAACCUACAAGCAGCCCAUCGCAGCGCUGCUGAUGAAUGUCUGAUGUUGCGCUACAAGAACUCACUGCUUGAAAGGAUACUGCUUGAAAAAGGUAUUGACGUCCAAGCUGAGCUUCAAGCCAAAACAGGCAGUCCGAAUCUCGGACCAACUCACAUGCCCCAGAAUAUGGUUCAGCCUCCACCUAUCCAGAGGGCCAUUAUGAACAGACAUCACCACUCUCGCAGAUCUGCUUCUAGCAUAGCACCUAAGCUCGAACCCGGCGCGAACUCCUUGGCGCAGCCAAUGCACGGCAUGCAAAAUGUCGCGUCGCCAACAUCGCGCCCAACGCCUCCAUCGCAUACCGCGUCUCCUACUAACCCAGCUCCCGGUUAUGCUGGCUCUGCGCUAUCUCCCAAGACCAGCGAACCUUCGGGCAUGCGACCAACGAUUCCCGCGCCCAUGCGACAGCUUCCUCCGAUGCAAGGCCCUGUAGCGGCAGCGGCAGCACGACAACAACUGAUGCAACACGGCACUGGCGUCGGUCAACGUCCGGGUGGCUUCUAUCCCACCCCUGGGUUCCAGAACCACAUUAAGCAGCUCGGCAAGCUGACCCAGCAGGAGUAUGAUGCUCCUAACGACAUGAUCGACGACGUCGAGCCCGACACCCCGGGGCCAGGCCCUUACCCAAAUCAAUACCACGGCACCCAACAGCAGCAACAGCAGCAGCAACAACAACAACAUCAGCAUGGUAUGUCUAUGGCCUCUAACGCGACUGGGAAUGCGGUACAACAGAACGCGAGCGACGGACAGCACGAGCCAGUCCAAACAUCGGGUCAAGGAUACCCAUCUAUGACGCAGCUUCUGGAUCCGGCUCUGGACUGGGAUCCUUUCGGUCUGAGCGCCUCGAUGGCUUUCCCUACGCAGUUCUCCUUCGAUACUAGCAGCAUGCGAUAG